AUGAGCGUAUUACAACCGGUGCCGUCCGUCGUGACGGCCGACAACGCCGCCAUGUCGGGCCCGCACCGGACCAUCUCCCGGCCCAACGCGGCCGCCGACGGCCACGACAGCAGCGACGAUGCCGACGCCGACGACAAGUUCUACGAGGACGGCGAGGAGAUCUACAGCAAGUUCUCGCCGGGCCGCAAGCGCAUCAUCGUCGCCGUGCUCGGCUUUGGCGCCUUCGUGGCCCUCGUCUCCAGCACCAGCGUGCUCCCGGCCGUGCCCGAGAUCACGGAGACCUUUGGCAGCACCGACACGGUCGUGGAGAUUAGCAACGCCAUCUACAUUGCGCUGACGGGCGUCGGGUGUGUGGUCUGGGGCCCCAUGAGCCAGCUAUAUGGCCGUCGCGUGAUCAUCCAAUGCGCUUGUGCAUUUUUUUGCUGCAUGAGUCUGGGGACUGCACUAUCGCCCAAUCUCGAAGCAUUCUUCGUCUUUCGCGCCUUGUCUGCCAUCGGAGGCUCUGCGCUGACUAUUCUUGGCAACGUCAUCAUCAGCGAUAUAUAUAAGCCAACUGAGAGAGCAACGGCCAUCAGCUGGUAUCUGUCGUGUACCGUUAUUGGGCCGUCUUUUGGUCCCUUCAUGAGUGGUCUCAUCGUCCAAUUUGCCAGCUGGCGCAUCAUAUACUGGGUCCAGCUUGGCUGUGCCGUCGCGACUAUGGCCGCCGGCUACUUCAUGAUUCCCGAGACGACGCACCAUAAGCUGAGCGAAGACAUGGCCCACCUCCCACGGCGCGAUAAGAUGGCCGCCGUGGCACGCAAAAUCAAUCCGCUCCGGUCCGUCAGUCUCCUCCGCUACUUAAACGUCGUGGCCGUCAGUUUUGCCUCUGCCGUCACGUUGUUCGCACUGUACUGCAUGCUGGUCCCCAUCCGCUUCGUGCUGAAUCCGCGCUUCCAUCUCGAUUCGCCAUUGCUGUCCGGCGUUUUCUACCUGGUGCCAGGCGCAGGCUGCCUCUGCUCAACAAUGAUAGCUGGCAGAUAUGGUGACUGGACUGUGAAGCGCUGGAUCGAGAAGCGCGGUAGGCGUAUACCUGAAGAUAGACUCCGAGCCGGUAUACCUGCUCUUGCCCUCCUCCAGGGUGGCGGAGUCUUGAUAUACGGGUGGACGGUUGACAAAGCGGUAGGGGGGAUGCCUGCGCCGCUCAUAUUCCUCUUCGUUCAGGCUAUAGGUCAAAUUAUAGCCUCGACCAUGUUGAAUACGUACUGCCUGGAGAACACGCCAUCGCUCAGCGCUGAUAUUAUCGCCAUCUGCUGGCUAGUGCGGUACAUCGGCGCCUGCAUUGCUACAGCGGUCGCGCUUCCCAUGAUUCGGAGUAUCGGUGUUGGCUGGACCAUGACGAUAAAUACUGUCCUACUGGUCGUCAGCUCGUGUGCUUUAAUGGCCACGGUAAGAUGGGGCGAGAGCUGGAGGUCUGGCAUAGUCCCAGAAGAGCAACCUGCCGCGUCGCAACCGGGCGGAGAAAAGGAAUCUGCGGAAAAAGUAUAG